UUAGGUUUACAUCAAGUCACUGAACGUUGCCAUUAAAAUGGGACUACCAACUCUUCUUCUUUUGUUUGUAUUUGCUGUAUUACCAUUCAUCCAAUGUACUACACCUGAAUACUAUGAACAACAACCAUGGGGAAUGGGCAGUGACCAACUCGGUAGUGGCAUUUAUCCUGCAGCUGGACAAGGUCAAGGCCUUAAUCCAAUCUAUGGAUCAAGCUCAGGAAGAAUAUGGUGUACUUGUCGUCGUCGAUGUCGUUAUAGUGAAUGGAGUUUGAGAAGGUCUUGUAUACUACCAUUUUUACCAAGAUACUGGAACACAUGUUGUAAAUAUUUGAGAAAUUAUCAAACAUCAUCUUUGUACGGUGGUCUUGGAGGUUCAACUUAUCCUCAAACAUACCCUGGAAGUACGUACCCCGGAACUUACCCUGGAUCUACAUACCCACCAACUUACCCUGGAUCUAUGUAUCCUCAAAUGAGUUACCCCACAUAUCCUGGAAUGGGAGCAGGUAGCAUGCCACCAAAAGGAAUGUAAGAACUGAAGCCAAGUAGACAGACACCUCACAUAGAAAGAACAGACGUAUAACGGAUUUAUUUUAUAUAAUAUGAAAUAAAUAUUCU